GUUCGCCGAGUACCCGUAUGUCACAUAUAUAAAGCAGUCAAGGCUGUAUUUCCUUCUUUUCAAGCGCUUUUAUCGAUAGAGAAGGAGUCUUGGAUCCUGGUUCACCGCUGUUCGCUCAAUUCAAUUACGAAUAAGUCGACCGGGAGCGUUUAAUCAUGGCAUUUAAGGACACUGGCAAGGCACCUGUGGAGGCUGAGGUUGCAAUCCACCGCAUCAGAAUCACCCUGACAAGCCGCAAUGUGAAGUCUCUGGAAAAGGUUUGCGCAGACCUGAUCCGUGGUGCCAAGGAGAAAAACCUGAAGGUGAAGGGGCCUGUUCGCAUGCCAACCAAGACUCUGCGCAUCACAACCAGGAAGACUCCUUGUGGUGAAGGUUCCAAGACCUGGGAUCGUUUUCAAAUGCGUAUCCACAAGCGUCUGAUCGAUCUGCACAGCCCAUCUGAGAUCGUCAAGCAGAUCACGUCCAUCAGCAUUGAACCUGGUGUAGAAGUUGAGGUUACAAUUGCAGAUGCAUAAAUUCUUUAUCGGAUGCAAUAAAGAUGAUAAAAGAA